UGACAUACAGAUAAGAACUCGAAGUGGAGGACAUGAUUUUGAGGGUCUUUCUUAUGUUUCUAAAGUACCAUUUGUCAUCAUUGAUCUGAGAAACAUGAAAUCAGUCACUGUCAAUGUUGAAGACAAUACGGCAUGGGUUCAAGCUGGUGCGACUCUUGGCGAAGUUUAUUAUAGUAUUGCAAAUAUGAGCAGAACUCUUGCCUUUCCAGCAGGUCUUUGCCCUACUGUGGGUUUUGGUGGGCAUUUAAGUGGGGGAGGGUAUGGUGUGUUGCUACGUAAAUUUGGUCUUGCUGCUGACAAUAUUCUUGAUGCUCACCUCGUUGAUGUCAAUGGGAAAAUUCUUGACAAAAAUUCAAUGGGGGAAGACCUCUUUUGGGCUAUUAGAGGAGGUGGAGGUGCUAGUUUCGGGGUCAUUUUGGCAUGGAAAAUAAAUUUGGUUGUUGUUCCAGAAACUUUGACUAUUUUCUCAGUUAGUAGAACCUUGGAACAGAAUGCAACUAAGCUUAUUCAUCGAUGGCAAUACAUUGCACCCAAGCUUGAUGAAGACCUUUACAUCGGAGUCUUAUUGAGAAAUGCAAAUCCUGAUCAAGAUGGAAAAAGAACAAUACAGGCCUCAUUCGAUUGCUUCUUUCUUGGUGGAGUUGAUAAAUUACUUCCGUUGAUGCAAAAAGAAUUUCCCGAAUUGGGUUUGGUAAAAGAAGAUUGCAGAGAAGUGAGUUGGAUUGAAUCCGAACUCUCUUUCUAUGGUGGACAAUCACUUGAUAUUUUGCUGAAUAGGACUUACCUAUACAAAGCCAAGUAUAAAAUAAAAUCAGACUUUGUGAAGCAGCCAAUUUCUGAAAGUACGCUUGAAGGAAUAUGGGAAAGGUUUUUGAAAGAAGAUGUCAAUGUACCAUCCAUGUUGUUAAAUCCUUAUGGCGGAAAGAUGAGUGAGAUUUCAGAAUAUGAUAUACCUUUCCCUCAUAGAGUUGGAAUCAUAUUUAGUAUCGAAUACCAAGUGGGGUGGCAAGAAGAAGGGACAGUGGCUGCGAAAAGACAUAUCAAUUGGAUACGAGAACUUUACCAGUAUAUGACUCCCUAUGUUUCUAAGAACCCGAGAGAAGCAUAUCUGAACUAUAGGGAUCUUGAUAUUGGAGUCAACAACGAAGGCAACACAAGCUAUGCAAAUGCAAGUAUUUGGGGUACUAAAUAUUUUAAGAACAACUUCAAUAGGUUGGUGUAUGUGAAAACCUUGGUCGAUCCUGGCAACUUUUUUAAGAAUGAACAAAGCAUUCCACCUGUGUCUUGAUCAUGGAUAAAGGGAACUGGAAAUAAUCCUCUGGUACGAAAUAACAGUAAAAAAAAAGUUUGAUCUGCCAUUUGUUUAACCUUUAAUAAAGGAAUCAUGCAUACUAUGGAGAAGAUUCCAUAGGUAGUUAUUAAAUGCACCUCUUUUGUAGGUGAUAUAUUCUGUUUAGUGGUCAACCUAAUUGUCUUAUUCCCCCCUCCCC